GCGGUCAGGGCGCGGGAGGACCGCGAGGUUGGAGGGCCGCCCCCGGGGAGUAGCGGCCGCUGGUGGGACUGGGCAGGAAACGCCUGGAGUCUGACAGCUUCGGGAACCCGGAAGUUAAGCACGGAGUUCAGCCCCUCAGGUUUUGGCUCCGAGAGCGGGUUAAGGGUCUGUGAGCGGACUGGCUUUCAGGGGCAGGAUCCUGGAGCCCUGACGUACGCGCACUCACGGGGACCCUUUUGCCGAUGGGUGCUUCGGGGCUCCCUGUCCUUCACCCACCCGUGCCCAGGUGCCCACCCCCUGCGCGUCCACCGUAGCUCCUGUCCAGCGGGAAUUCGGCUUCGGGGCUGCACUUCCUGACAUGGUGCAGAAGUACAGGCCUCCUGGGUCGCAGGCAGUGCCUGCGCUUCUAUGGAUUCUGAGGCCUGUCCUCCCAAAGAACUUGACCUUAGGCAACUUACACGUAACUUCCCCUGACCUCUGUUUUUUAUCUCCGGAAGUAGCCGUUGUUAUUAAACCUCAGAGGGUCCUGUGAGCAUUAACUGUGGUCCUGUAUUGAAAGCUUGAGUCCCAGGAAAGUAAGUUAAUUAAUCAAAGACAAGAACAGUUUCUAUCUAUUCAAUAGUCUAAUUUGACUUUUACAUAAUGAGUCUGAGCCUUUUAACCAUUCUGAGUGAACUGUGUAGGCCCUAACUUCUCCAUGAGCGCCGUAAGGUAUUUUUAUUGCUAUUUCUUCACAUUGAGAGACAGAUUGAAAGAAGAUAAAAAACUGGCUGAAGGUCACACAAUUAGUAAAUGUUAGAGCCAGAAUAAAACCCAGUUCCGAGUGACUUGAAAGUGUAUGGUUUUUGCACAUUAUGACCUUAUAUUUCCCAUUUUUCCCAUCCUUUGGUCCCCAAGUGACUUGACUCAGUGAAGAGCCUUGGAACCUGUGACAGUUGCUUAUAUAAUCAAUGCCUAUCAUUAGCUAUUGCCAUUUUUUUCCGUUAACGUUGAUUUUUACUGCUUAGGAGGGAACCUUCAAAGGUGUUUCUAAAACAUAGCUCCAGCUGGAGGGUGUUUUUUUAAACUCUUCAAGGACAAGAUGAAUACAGACUCAGAGGAGCCUUUACCCCUGGAUGUGCGAGGUCCUGAGGUUCAGGAAGAACUUCUGACAGUCAAAGUGGAGAUGGAAAGUCGCCUCCGAGCACAGGAAUCCAGGCUGAAACGUAGUAAUCCCCUAGCGAGGGAAAUUUUCCGAAGGCGCUUUCGACAGCUGUGCUACCAGGAGACCCCUGGACCCAGGGAGGCCCUUACCCGACUCCAGGAGCUUUGCCGCCAGUGGCUGAGGCCACAUGUGAGCACAAAGGAGCAGAUUGUGGAGCUGCUGGUGCUGGAGCAGUUCCUGACCAUCCUGCCUGAGGAGCUGCGGGCCUGGGUGCAGGAGCACUGUCCAGAGAGUGGGGAAGAGGCUGUGAUUUUGCUGGAGGAUCUGGAGAGAGAGCUCGAUGAACCACAACAUGAGAUGGUAGCCCACACGCAGGGGCAAGAAGUCCCCUCUGAGGAGACAGUACCUCUGGGAGCACGGACAUCACUGAGCCUCCAGUCCCGGCCUGAGGAACCCCAGCUCACCCUUGGCACUGCUCAGCAGCCUCACUCUAUUGGAGAGACAGAUGGGAUGACCAGGGCUGAGGACAGAGAGCUGGCGCUGAGGAAAGACUGUCCUAAGAUAGUGGAGUCCCUUGGGGAGAUAUUUUACGGACAGACCUGGGAGGAACCCCCCCAGGAUCCCGGACGUGGAGAGGUCGGUGACCCUGAGGGUUGGGCAGCAGGGCGCUGGGGCAGCCCCCCAGGGGAGGGACGGCACAAGUGUGAUGUGUGUGGGAAGAGCUUUGCCCAGAGUUCAGGCCUUGUUCGCCAUCAGAGAAUCCACACUGGAGAGAGACCCUAUGAGUGUAAUGAGUGUGGGAAGACCUUUAGUCGGAGCUCUGGUCUUUUCAAUCACCGGGGGAUCCACAACAUACAGAAACGGUACCGUUGUGCGGAGUGCGGGAAGGCCUUCAGUCAGAGUGCGGGUCUGAUCCAGCAUCAGAGGACCCACAGGGGAGAGAGGCCCCAUCAGUGCGGCCAGUGCGGCAAGAGCUACAGUCGGCGGUCGUUCCUCAUCGAGCACCAGAGGAGCCACACGGGGGAGCGGCCUCACCAGUGCAGCAAGUGUGGGAAGAGCUUCAGCCGCCACUGCAACCUCAUCCGCCAUCAGAAGACCCACGCGGCGGCCGUGCUGGUCUAAUCGUCGCUGGGUGCAGGUUUUCCGGAUCACUGACCAAGUCCCCCAGGGGAGACUAAGCUAGAACACGUCUUUCCUCACGUCCCCACUAUGUGUGUUUUGGACAAGUACUGAUCUGCGGUCUGGGCACAUCCGAAGAGGAAGGUGCGGGUGUUGGAGCUUCCGCUUUGCGUUUGGUUCCUUUCCUGCGUCCCCACCCCUCGGAGGUGCUCGCUUUGAGAGGCUGCUGGACCGUCCCAGGCCUGUCGUAAACAAGCUGUGGGGCCGCGUGCCUGCGGGUCUGUGUCUGCGUGGAAUCCCCUAAGAGCACACAGAGCUCUGCUGACGUUUGCAGGAAAUGGGUCUGUGGCGUCCUGUGACCAGCACCUCCAGGCCACCCCCUUCCGCUCUCGCUGCUUCCCCGGUACCCGUGGGGCGCUCCCUCGGGACAGCGACUUGCGCUGUUUGCAGACUGCUUCCGUUUCCAGAAGCCCAGCUGGCAGGGAAGUGGCGCCAUCAUUGUCCGUGUGACAGACCAGGAAGACGUGAGGAGUCAGGGUCUGAAACCUGGACUUCCGUCGUGGAAUAAUUUAAGCUUGUAGAAACGAUAGAGUUUUCAUAUGCUCUUCACCCCCGAUCCGUGUUUUUGGUUAAAGCCCCGGCUUUGGCCUUCACACCCCAGGGGUUUGCGCUGCUGUCCUGCUUCACUGGGAUUGUCAGGCUGUGUCCGUGGAGCUCGGAGCUCCGUCGCCCAACGGCCCCUGGUGCUCGUCUGUCACAUCCGCACGGCGGAGCUCGGUCACCCGCCGGCCCCUCGUGCUCGUCCGCCCGACGGCCCCCCUCGUGCUAGCGCGUCAGGUCUGCAGCUUUGCAGGCCGUCUGCGUCCUGAGUCCUAGGCCACCCCAGGGAGUUGGGUCACCAGCCACAAGAAGGCGCUUGUAUUUUUAUUUAUUUAAAAAUUUUAUUUAUUUGGACUGAGCCCAAGGCAGCUGCUUAACCGACUGAGCCACCCAGGUGCCUCCACAGCCCCUUCUUGAUCCAAGUCUCCCUCUUUUUUUUCCUCAUUUCUCUACUGAGUGGGUGGCCCAGAAAGUUGGAUUUUAAGUUCAAGGCCUCAUGAACUGUUUCCCAUCGCACGAGGGAACUGUUUCCCACGGACGAGAUAAAUUAUCAAAUGCACAGCUUUACCUACAAAUUCCACAAAAUGCCAUUUCAAGGUAGGGCAUCCAUUUCCCUCGCUGUUGGGGAAAGUUCUAGUGCUGCCAGAAGCGCAAGAUGAAUUUCCGCAUCACAGUAGGCUUAAACAUAGGCCCUGGCAUGAAAUACAGAGAUGGUCUGAGGAUUGACUGUUGCUGAUUACAUUAGGAGUCCCCUGUCUUGAGUGAGUUCAGAUUCAAAAGUUCAACUCCGAAAGUUGGCUGUCCUCAUCCCUUAUUGUUUCUCCAAACCAUGUGGUGCACUGGGGGCAUUGAGGACUCGGAGCCA